AUGGAAGUCUGGCUUGACAGAAGUGAGAAGCAUGAGUGCAAGACCACUGCUCCAUGGGACUGGGAGAGAGUUCGUGAUAACUACUGGAAAAAGCCAACGCUAGCUUUCGAUAGAGAAGGUGUAAGCCAUGUACGACUCGGUAUCAUGGAGCAGCUGCAAGACCAAAUGCUCGAAGCUGCUAAAGCGCGAGGAACUCGAUAG